ACAUUAUUCAGUCUGCGCUAGAACGUGAAACUUGAAACAUUAAUUUUUUUCAACGUUAAAAACUUGCAAGCAAAUACAAACUAACAUUGAAAAUGGCCCAGCAGGGCCAGGGAGGAAGGCCCGGGGGAGGACCGCCAGGACCUCCUCCGCCCCGCCCACCGAAAACGCCGCCGAGUACAUCGCCGCGUGGAACGCCAGUGGUUGUCACUCCGGGCGAUGUGACUCCUGCUCGAGGACCUCCGCCCCCACCGGCGACAAAACGCGUCUCUAUAGGUAUGGGAACGGAAAAGCCGGCUUCCAGCAGAGCUGCCCGUACGGCCCCAGCAGAUUCGUCAUUAUCACCCUCGACAACUCCCGGGCAACCGACAAGAGACUCCGCCCCAUCGUCAUCGCCUAGGACAAGUGUUCGCGAUCCUGGCCCAUCGUCAUCCCCUGAAAAACCGGUAAAGGAAACUCCCCGCACAAGUCUUCAGGGUUCCGGUGCGGCGACAUCGGCCAAGACAACUCGCGAUGCAGGUCCAUCCUCAUCUCCUCGGGUAAGUUUCCAAGAUUCUGGUGCAGCGACCCUUCGUCGAGGUAGUACUCAGGAUCCCGGAACAAGACGGUCUAGCGUUGAUGCUGCUACUCGGAUAACUUUUCAGGAAUCUGCCAAAGCCGGACCAUCGGCAGCUGCCAAAGCUGGACCAUCGGCAGCUGCCAAAGCUGGACCAUCAGCAGCUGCCAUGGCUGGAACAUCGGCAGCGGCCAAGGCUGCCAAGCCAGCAGGCACCGAACCCGAGCCAGCAAAACCUUCUCUGAGGGAUAGACUGAACAUAUUUAAGAGGAAGAAGAACAACGAGAGCCCGGAAACGUCGUCGCCAGCAACCCGUGAUCACAGGUCUCCUUCAAUAUCGGGCCCCUCGGGACUACAGAACAGGGCCAAAACGAACCGCAUCCUCUACACCACCGAUGAAGAGGUGCGCGAAGCCCUCAUCGAAUUUUCCGUCUUCAUCAUUUUUCUGAUCCUAACAUCACUAGUCGUUUUGUCUGUCCGUCACUCAUAUAUGUUCUACUUCAACGACACGAUGAAGAAACUCUUUACGACACGAGAAUUGGUUGUGGCACCUUCGGUCACCGUUUGUUUUGAAAAGCUGAUAACAGUGCCGGAUUGGUGGGACUACCUGAUAUAUAACUUUCUGAUAACACUGCACGGCGAUAUGACAUUUUUGGACGGCCAACCAACGGUUAACGGUUCGCAAAAGGAGCCACCAACGAAACCACCGGACGAGGAAUCGCCAGAGGAGUUCCCAGAAGAAUCGCCAGAGGAGUUGCCAGAGGAAUCGCCUGAGGUCGGAAGGUUGCAAGAGGGCUUCCAAUAUCGAGGGAGUCCGAACGAAGAUUGGGAGGCGCGCAGCAGAGUUAUACGGCAGGCCGAACCAGAACAGAGCGUUGAGGACGGCAGUGAAGAUGUCGACAGCCAAGCAGAACAUUUGGAUGAAGGACCCGCAUUCAGCAAUACGACUUCACAUCAUUUGGAGGGACGCGUCUUCCUAUACGAGAACUUACUCUUGGGCCCGCCUCGUCUUCGGCAGAUUCGUGUGCGGAAGGAGAGCUGUUACGUGAACGACGCCUUUAUCCGGUACUUCAACACCUGCUAUGCGGCUUAUUCCUCCGGAGCGGAGGAGCGCAAGGCGAUGUACAAGGGCUCGCCGUACCGGACCAUGAACGACCUUGAUUCUACGCCCAUCUGGACAGUACUUGCUUUUUACCGCACCGGCGGAUACACGGUGAACUUGGACUACGACAAAGACAGAAACCUGAAGACCAUCAGCGAUCUAAAGGACAUUCACUGGCUCGACAGAGGCUCGCGACUUUGUCUGGUUGAGUUUAAUUUGUUUAACGAAAACACGGACAUUUUUCAGAGUGUCAAGUUGAUAGCGGAAAUUCCACCCACUGGUGGUGUUAUACCCCAGGCCCACUUGCAAACGGUAAAGAUGUAUUCUUUCUUCACGGAUCGCAGCAUGGUUAUGACUGUUAUAUAUAUCUUCUGGUAUAUUAUGAUCAUUUACUACACUAUUUAUGAAAUCACUGAAAUGCGCAAGUCAGGAGUCAAAAUUUACUUCUUUUCCAUGUUAAACAUUCUUGAUUGUGUUAUAUUGCUGGGUUGUUAUCUUGCUUUAGUGUACAAUAUCUGGCACACUUUUAAAGUAAUAUCCGUCACAUCCAAAGCCCAAGUCGAAUUGACCUAUCAAAGUCUGGAUGUUCUUUGCUUCUGGAAUAUAAUUUAUGUGGAUAUGAUGGCCAUCUUGGCCUUUCUCGUGUGGAUUAAAAUAUUUAAGUUCAUCAGUUUUAACAAGACACUCGUUCAGUUUACAACAACACUGAAAAGGUGCUCCAAAGACUUGGCCGGCUUCAGUUUAAUGUUUGGCAUCGUAUUUCUGGCCUAUGCCCAGUUGGGUCUUCUUUUGUUUGGCACUAAGCACCCGGACUUCCGAAAUUUCAUAACCUCCAUUUUGACCAUGAUAAGGAUGAUUCUGGGAGAUUUUCAGUACAAUCUCAUUGAGCAAGCAAAUCGAGUUCUGGGUCCCAUUUAUUUCCUCACCUACAUCCUGCUGGUGUUUUUCAUUUUGUUGAAUAUGUUCCUGGCCAUUAUUAUGGAGACCUACAAUACGGUGAAAGGUGAAAUCACCCAGGGACGCAGUCACUUGGGCUCCUACAUCUAUAGGAAACUGGCGGGAAUGCUGUACUGGAUCACCCACUGCGGGCGAAAGAGGCGACCACAACCCCAGAGAACCGACGAAGACGAUAAGGAGGCGGAACAGGAUGCUAACGCCGCCCAGGAAGAGCCCCAGGAGAUGAGAAAGAACAUGACACCUGCAGAACAACGAUACUUUCAGGAUAUUCCACCAGGAGAAAACCAUGAUAUGGUUCGCCUGAAUAAUCGCGUCGGUCUGUUGGAGGAAAUUCUCGAGAGAUUGAUCACCAAUAUGGAUGAUAUUCUAAAACGCGUGGAGAAAGAGCGUCAUACGAAGAAGAAAUAGGGAACCUAUAUUUCAAAUAACUUAUUCAUUCACAUUCACAUUAAUUCAAUUUUUUUGAGUUCUUAUUCUGUUGGAAUUUUCAUAACUCCAGUUCAUAACAUUAAAUCUAUUAGACAAGCAUUAAAACUGAGCUGGAAUUUCUAACAUUUUAUAAUGGAGCACACACAUUACCUGGCAAACAAUCAAAUACCCGAAAAUUAAUUAACUUCAACUCGGCCAACACGAAACUAAAGCAAACCGACAAAACCACAAGAACCGAGCGCUAAUCUCUGCCAAAUCCGUGCCUGCUUUGUACCCUUAACCCUCUAUUCCCCAC